UCUGCAAUUUCCAGAUAGCACAGUGUCUGCAGACAGACAGACACUCAGAUCCUGCUGCUGCAGCCACUCAGCCCGCUCAGCUUUCCCUGAUUCAGGCCCGGUGUUUAGAAAGGAUUCCUCGUGACCCAACUUGCCAGGAAAUGCAGCUCCCUACUUUGGUUGUCUGAGGCCCGGGCCGAGCUGAAAGCGUGGCAGGAUUCUACCACCAGCUGCCCCUGCCAACCAUGGCGACAGGGGCAAAUAAUUCCUCUCGUGUGGACUCUGAGUUCCGAUACACCCUCUUCCCGAUUGUUUACAGCAUCAUCUUUGUGCUGGGCGUCAUCGCCAACAGCUAUGUGCUAUGGGUCUUUUCCUGCCUGUACCCUUCCAAGAAACUCAACGAGAUAAAGAUCUUCAUGGUGAACCUCACCGUGGCUGACCUGCUCUUCUUGGUCACUCUGCCCCUGUGGAUCGUCUACUACCACAACCAGGGCAACUGGAUUCUCCCCGAAUUCCUGUGCAACCUGGCUGGCUGCUUCUUCUUCAUCAACACCUACUGCUCAGUGGCCUUCCUGGCUGUCAUCACUUACAACCGUUUCCAGGCAGUGACCCAGCCCAUCAAGACAGCUCAGGACACCACCCGCAAGCGUGGUUUCUCCGUGUCCCUGAUCAUCUGGGUGGCCAUUGUGGCUGCGGCAUCCUACUUCUUCAUCCUGGACUCCACCAAUGUGGUGCCCAACAAGACUGGCUCAGGCAACAUCACACGUUGCUUUGAGCAUUACGAGAAGGGCAGCAUGCCUGUCCUCAUCAUCCACGUCUUCCUUGUGUUCAGCUUCUUCCUUGUAUUUCUCAUCAUCUUCUUCUGCAACCUGAUCAUCAUCCGCAGGCUGCUCAUGCAGCCGGUGCAGCUGCAGCACAACGCAGAAGUCAAGCACCGCGCGCUGUGGAUGGUCUGCACGGUCUUGGCUGUGUUCAUCAUAUGCUUUGUGCCCCACCACAUUGUGCAGCUGCCCUGGACCCUGGCUGAGCUGGGCUUCCAGAACAGCAGCUUCCACCAGGCCAUCAACGACGCCCAUCAGGUCACUCUCUGCCUUCUUAGCACCAAUUGCGUUUUAGACCCCAUCAUCUACUGUUUCCUCACCAAGAAGUUUCGCAAGCACCUCACUGAGAAGUUCUAUAGCAUGCGCAGCAGCCAGAAAUGCUCCCGGGCCACCUCGGAGACUGGCACUGAAGUGGUCAUGCCGCUCAACCACCUCCCUGUCCAUUUCCUCAAAAAGUAGUCCCUGAUUGUUGGGGCCAGGCCCAGAGCCUUCUCCUCCAUGGACAUCACAGACUGACCUGGGGGAUGAAGGGGUCUCUGCUGUGGUCUGGGCAUCUCCUCCCUGGGCACAAGUGGCUCUUUAAGUAUGGAGGCUACUUCACCAAGGUGGGGGUGAUGGCCAGGCCAGACUGCUGGGAAAUCCAGGACUUGAAUGUGCUUCAUCAGCCACCUUGGGGCACACGCAUAAUAACCUUGGCUGGCAACUUCAUCCGGAAUACCUGAGUCUGAUAGCUCUGCAGGGAAUGUCAGGGCCCAGGGCAGACCUUGGGGGUAGACUCCGAGCCACCCUGUUUACCCUACCAAGGCAGCUGCCCUGAGCCAGUAUGGCCUGAAGUUUUGGACAACAACGACCUUUGCUACUAUAAAGGCAGAGAAGAGGGUUUUGGGAAAGAGAUCCUCCCCUGGUUGUGUGGUGGUGUCUCUGGGGGAGACUUUUGAGCUAGGAUCGUGCCAUCUUGUCUCCAUUUCGAGGCACAAGAUCUUUGUGACACUUCUUAGGGGACGUGGCUCAGUGGAACCUUUUCCCACUCAUCCAACAACCUGUCCUGAAUGGUGCCAGAGGGGAUAAGACAUGCUCGGGUCAAAAGCUAGGAUGGGGAGAUUGUCUCCUGAGGCAAAUGUGUCUCUCCGCAUAGGCCUUGGGUCAGCUCUGGGGGACCGGGAGAGACACAACUGCCACAUCCAUCUGUCUCAACAGUGGAUCCUGGUGAAUUACCUCCCGCGGGGCAGCUCCCCACUGUGGGUGGGCAGAGGCCCCUCAAAGCCAAAUUGGGGGCAUCCGCGGCACCAUGACGCUCAGAGGUUUCAUGAGAAAGGGCACUUGGGUGGAGAAGUACCUGUGUGUGGGUGAGGCCUCCAGAGUGAGAGGAGCCUGUCAGGUCUCAUCUACCACCUAGCUUUCUGGGGCAGGGAGGUGUGGGGGGCGGGUGGGGAGCCCUCCUAAUUUAGCUUCCAGAAAGUGAGAGGAGCUGUUAUAAUCCCAAGGGCCAGCAGGCACUUUGAGUUUUGGGUGCAGAAAAGAGGUGUCACCUUCUCUUGAAGAUCUCUAGAUGCAUCCUUGUGAUUUUAGGCAAAUAUAUUCAGAUGAGCUUCCUCUCACACCCUGAGCACCUGCAGUGUGACUCUGGCAGCCACAGACCCAGGGGCUUGGAGGAGACUACCCUGGAGCCCUGUGGUCCUUCUGAGACAACUUCCUCCCUUCCAGCCACAAUCCCUGUACUGUUUGUUUCCUUGUUUCCUAUCUACUGGGCUGAUUUUGAUAAAUGCUUCCCCAUGGGCCAGUAACCUGCUUGGGUCUGGGAUGGUAGCUGUGGGCUGAACUCAGCUGAUGGUGACUAGGUGGAAACCGCAGCAGACUUUGAGCUUUGGUGUCACACAGACCCAGGUUCAAGUCUUAGCUUUGUCACUUCCUACCGAGGGACUGUGAGCUGAAUUUCCUACCUCAUAAGGUUGUUAGGAGCGGCGAAUGCUGAGGCAGAUACCUCUUGGUCAGGGUGAUUGCUCAUCCCAGAUUCUCCCUUUUUCUGAGAAUGUGUUCCCCUUGAUCCUCUGAUAAGAGCUGAACGGAUGAGAUGCAGGCAUCUGGCUCUAGGUGGGCCAGUCCGGUUCUCUCUCUCAGGAAUAAGCAGCCAGAUUCAGAGGUGCUAUUUCAGGCUCUGCAGGUCACUAACCUGAAGACAUACAAGUCUGGAGUUGUGACUGUGUGUGUGUGUGUGUGUGUGUGUGUGCUCCUCUAUGUGUAUGAAGUGGGGCAGGGGAAGGUGGGUGACCUGCUCAGAGAGAAGAUGGAAAUGUGCAGAGCAAAGCAGAGACCAGAGGGAGACCAGAAGUCUGGAGAGAGGAGGGCAAGUGCUUCCAGGGCCUGCUGCCCUCUUCCUCCGGGCCAGACCGUCUCAAAGCCCAACAUCUGCAUUCCUUCCUUUGGGUCCUAUGAGAUUCCCUCAUCAGGAUGCAUUCUCUUAUUUUGCUUAAGCCUAUUUGAGUGACUUUUUAUGACUUGCAUCUCAUCUCUGAAUAAGAUGAAUGCUUAGAUGCUAAAGCGCAGUGUUUCUUGCAUUUCAGUCAUUUGCGUACUCCCCAUACACAAUUUUUCAAUACCCAUGUGCCAUCUGUAUGUUUACUUAAUAAAUAUUUUGCUCUAAA